AUGUCCCAUCCCGUCUCACGUCCUCUGUCUCGGGCGGCUCAGGAGAUCCUGGACAUCCGUUUGGUCCCUGACCUGGAGCAGGACAUAGACACACGGGCCCUCAGCAGCCUGGCGGAGGAGUUCAGAGUGAUGGCUACAGUUCCCCAGACAGUUCACCAGCCCCCCAGACAGUUCACCAGCCCCCCAGACAGUUCACCAGCCCCCCAGACAGUUCACCAGCCCCCCAGACAGUUCACCAGCCCCCCAGACAGUUCACCAGCCCCCCAGACACAUUCACCAGCCCCCCAUACACAUUCACCAGCCCCCCAGACACAUUCACCAGCCCCCCAGACACAUUCACCAGCCCCCCAUACAGUUCACCAGCCCCCCAGACACAUUCACCAGCCCCCCAGACACAUUCACCAGCCCCCCAUACACAUUCACCAGCCCCCCAUACAGUUCACCAGCCCCCCAGACACAUUCACCAGCCCCCCAGACAGUUCACCAGCCCCCCAGACACAUUCACCAGCCCCCCAGACAGUUCACCAGCCCCCCAGACACAUUCACCAGCCCCCCAGACAGUUCACCAGCCCCCCAGACACAUUCACCAGCCCCCCAGACAGUUCACCAGCCCCCCAGACACAUUCACCAGCCCCCCAGACACAUUCACCAGCCCCCCAGACAGUUCACCAGCCCCCCAGACACAUUCACCAGCCCCCCAGACACAUUCACCAGCCCCCCAGACAGUUCACCAGCCCCCCAGACACAUUCACCAGCCCCCCAGACACAUUCACCAGCCCCCCAUACAGUUCACCAGCCCCCCAUACACAUUCACCAGCCCCCCAGACACAUUCACCAGCCCCCCAGACAGUUCACCAGCCCCCCAGACAGUUCAUCAGCCCCCCAUACACAUUCACCAGCCCCCCAGACAGUUCACCAGCCCCCCAGACAGUUCACCAGCCCCCCAGACAGUUCACCAGCCCCCCAGACAGUUCACCAGCCCCCCAUACACAUUCACCAGCCCCCCAUACACAUUCACCAGCCCCCCAGACAGUUCACCAGCCCCCCAUACACAUUCACCAGCCCCCCAUACACAUUCACCAGCCCCCCAGACAGUUCACCAGCCCCCCAUACACAUUCACCAGCCCCCCAUACACAUUCACCAGCCCCCCAUACACAUUCACCAGCCCCCCAUACACAUUCACCAGCCCCCCAGACAGUUCACCAGCCCCCCAGACAGUUCACCAGCCCCCAUACACAUUCACCAGCCCCCCAGACAGUUCACCAGCCCCCAUACACAUUCACCAGCCCCCCAUACAGUUCACCAGCCCCCCAGACACAUUCACCAGCCCCAAAGACACAUUCACCAGCCCCCCAUACACAUUCACCAGCCCCCAUACACAUUCACCAGCCCCCCAGACAGUUCACCAGCCCCGCAUACACAUUCACCAGCCCCCCAGACAGUUCACCAGCCCCCCAGACAGUUCACCAGCCCCCCAUACACAUUCACCAGCCCACAGAGAGAGAGGGGGGGGGGGUGUGGUAUGGGGGUAA